AUCAGAUUCCGAUCCAUCCAGACAACAACAAUAACCCGCCGGGUAAUGAUCCCAGGUCUUCUUUAUUUUAUCUGUUGCUGUUCUCCCCCGCAUCUUUGGUGGUCCCGAAUAAAGGAAUAAAGAGUCUAGAUCAUCUAAGUGUGCCAAUAUGAUUACUGGUCUCCAUCACGUCAACAUCCUCGUCCCGGAAGGCACCCUCGACCGGGCGGAGGAGUUCUACACAAACACCCUGGGUCUGCCAUCAGCUCCUGUUCCCCAUCUACAGAAAGGAACCCUUCUAUGGUUCAACCUCACGCCGGAUGGCAGCCAGCAGAUUCAUGUAGCCUUUGGCUCCAACAGCGAUUUGCAUUCCGACCGUCACGCUUGCCUGAGAGUCGGGUCUCCGGACCAUCUGUUGACCCUGCAGCAGCGCAUCUGGGAACAUCAUCAGAGAGGGGGCGAUGCUGCUCCCUUGCACGCUGAUAAGCCGGGGGAGCAAAACUCGGGUGCCCAGGGCAUCGAAUAUCCAAGUCGGUUUUUUGCCAGAGACUUUGCGGGUAACCGGCUGGAAUUUACCCUAUGACACGAAUAACUGAGAUAAACCCUUCUAUUUGUUAGCAACAUGAUGAUGAGUGAAAGAUGGAGUUUCAAUGGAACAAUGAGCGUGC